AUGGAUUCCUACCACUACGUAUACCGGAACGAUCUCGCAACUGACGGAAACGGCAACGAAGACUGGGGUUAUUACCCGGAUUCACAGUGGUAUCAGUACAAGCCCACCCGCCGCGGAGGCCAGAGCCGUCGACUAAGAAGAAGAGAGGCAAGGCUACAGGCUGAAGCCGAAGCCGAAGCUGAGGCCGCGUAUGCCCAGACCCAGGAGGCUGGAGGAUCGAACCCGUAUUAUGGAUAUGAGGCCCCAUUUCAGCAAGAUUCCGGGGCAAGAUGGGAGCUCGACCCCAAUGCGAGCAUUUUUACCCCACCGAAACAGCAUUGUCCAGGAGUUGUUGAUGCGACAUCAGGACAGCCGCAGCAAGCGCCAGCAGCUGAUUCCAGUGCGUCUUUCCCCAAAGCAAAGGAAACCAGUGUUUCUGGGGAAGGUUCAAAGCCGCAAGAGGUCGACGUAGCCGUUGGACCGUCGGUAAACAUCGGUGGCAAAGACGUUCGCUUUCUCGUCAGGGCAGGAGCUCUUCUGGACGAUGUUGAAGCCUACAUCGAGGAGAUUGGCUUGGGCCUGGAGAAUACUGAGCGUACUCUUGCAAGAGUGAAGCUGUCUUUGGAGAAGGUAGGGGUUUCUUUUGAGCAUAACAAGACUCCAAAGGAGGUCGGGGUCGCCCAGGAGGUUCAGGCUGUCGAAGAAGCCAAGGUCGCCGAGGAGGCCGCGAUUUCCAAGGAUGUCGUGCUGUUUGCAGAGGAAGCCUCUGUGGAAUCCAAGACUCCCUUGGCCAAUGCUACUCCCGAGGAAGUCCCGGUUCAGAGCGACGCUUUGAUUGAGAAGGGGGACGAGGAUGGUGAGCAAUCGCUGCCCACUCCGGCUAGAAGUGAGCAGGUCCGGAUUACCAAGGCGCCGGCGGUGGCUGUGCCGGUCAUCCCUAAGACGGCCGGCGCGAAGUCCACGGUCAAGCCCACAGUCAGCCAGGCCAACGCGCUGGCGCGGCCAGCAGUCGUCCGACCAGCCAAGGAGUCAUCUCUGAAGUCAGCCGCACGGCCUCUGCCAGCAAAGCCGGUGCGGGCGACACUCUCCAGGGCGACAGCUCCCAAGCCAGCCGCAAAGCCCGCGGCAUCUGUGCCGGUUGGGAAACCGUCUACCAAGACGGCAACCCAGUCAGCCGUGCCAAAGUCAACGCGCACUCGCUCCCUGGAUAGGGCCACCGGGCCAAGGGCCACGUCUCGCGGUCGCACUGUGGCGGAAAGGGGCCGCCCAUCUGAAGCCACACGGCGCGCUUCCUCGCCGGCAGCCCGGUCGUCGUUCGUGACUCGGCUGGCGGAAUCGCUGGCGCGUUCGUCAAGGACGGCGUCACCACGGCCUGCCUUGCGACUUCGUGGGACCGGUAUCCCCAGUGAGCCGACCAUCAAAGAGGAGCCGAAAACUCCCGCUGUCGUGGCGGCGGUCGGCGGCAACACGGCUGCGGGUGCGCUGGACGCCCUCAAAGGUCCGUUGCUGAACACCACAACGGAGACCGGUCGCGGCCGAACCCUUCGCCGUCGCCGCACGGAUGUAGAUGCUGAGCGAAAGCCAAAUUUGAAGUGGCCGUCCAAGCGGUCCCAAUCAGCGGUAGACGAGAAGAAGCCGUGGUUGUAG